CUGGAUACGAACGCGAAGGGUCGCGCAUUCAGGAGUCCCUAUCCGAAUGAAACAAGCUUUUGGAUAGAGGACAUUGUGGUUCUGGGUAUUAAGUGUCAUCGACGAAUGACCUUCCGCUAGCUUGAGCCGAAAUGUCGCCGGUUUCCUUGACGCUAUUGGCAAAGCACUGGAUGUGAAAACAGCGCCAUUUCUGUCGGCGUCCAUGAUACGCGAUGCUACCGCAGCGGAUUCCAGAGCUCGAGCUCGGAACGGCAGCGGGAGAAAAAUAGCCGCUCCCCUUCCUCCUUUACUUCAGCCCGCGGCAGGUUUUGCCGUUGAAGUAAGACGAAGCCCCAAAAUGGACCCUUCUGACUGAGAGGCAAACACGUCCAGUGUUUUGCUCUGCAGCUGAAAUCUAUCAGCAGCACAAGCCAUGCCUGACGAGUAAAGCCCCCUUUUUGCUCAAAGCAAUAAUACAAAAAAACAACCAUCCUAAAUGCCUCUCCAUGUAAAGCCCCUUCAGUGCCCCCUGCUGGAGGGACUGCCCCCCCCCCCCCCUCCAAGGUUCUGCCCUGUCCUCUCCCUGUACCCGCCUCCACCGACCACCCUACAGUAACUACCCAUGGCAAUGUUGCUUCACCUGAGAAUGGCCAACACCUGAGGUCCCAUGCGUCCUGUGAGCACCGAUUCAGACGGUCCCGCUCCUUCUGAAAAUCUCUCUUGCCCCUACCCCUUUGUGGGCCCCCUGGCUGCCUCGGAGAUGUCCCUGCUCCAGUCGCUGGGUCCAGUACAAAACUGGCUCGGCCAGGAGCUUGAGAAGUGCGGGAUCGAUGCCAUGAUCUACACCCGCUACGUCCUCAGCCUUCUCCUGCAUGACAGUUACGACUACGACCUGCAGGACCAGGAAAACGACAUCUUCUUGGGCUGGGAGAAGGGAUCUGGGAAGAAAUGGGGCAAGAGUAAGAAGAAAGGAGGGACCGACCUGAGUCUUGAGGAAAUGAAGAAGCAAGCUGCUGUGCAAUGCCUCCGCUCUGCAUCUGAUGAAAACUCUGGAAUUGAGAGCCUGGUUGAAGAGCUUUGCUCUAAACUAAAGGACAUCCAAAACAAACAGAAAGAGGAAAAACAGAUCCAAAAGAAAUCUGAUGGCUCUCAGUCUCCAGAGCGAGCUGAGUCCCCCUCGUCAAAGGACCAGGUGGAAAUGUAUUAUGAAGCCUUUCCUCCUUUGUCAGAGAAACCUGUUUGUCUCCAAGAGAUCAUGACGGUGUGGAACAAGGCCAAGGCCUGCACAUACUCAAGCUCAUCAUCUUCCGCAGCCCCACAGACCAGCACAGACACCUCUUCCCCAAAAGAUUGCAACAGCGAAGGAGAGACUGCAAAGGAGCGACACCUGGAAGCAUGUGGCACCAUCACUGCUGUGACCAACGAAAGAGGCCAGCUACGACGAAACAAGAAGGAAAAAGAAAAUCGAUGCCAUGGUGGUGGUGGUGGUGGUGGUGCAGCAGAGGAGAAACCGGCCGUCCACUCGAGGCGACAGACGAGACACAGAUCUGAGGGCAAAUACAGACCCAGAUCCUGGUCCUCUGGCUCUAGCGAGGCGGGCUCAAGCUCAAGUGGCAACCAGGGUGACUUGAAGUCAUCCAGAAGCAAGGCAAUUAGAAUCAUGCACAAAUCCAGAGAGGCUUCGAAGAGUAAGAAAACACGCAACAGCGGGCAGGGGAAGCUUCAGGUGAAGGUGAUCGACAGAGAGGAGCGGAGAAACGCAGCAGGGAUCAGCAGCAGCGCCACUGGAGGCGCUGCCAAACAAACACAGCUUUACAAAAAGGGGAAGAGACCUCUGAAGGAGAUUCGUAAAGAUCCAGGCUGGAAAGAGGCGAAAGAGUCCGGAGCUGAGGCUACAAACAAAAAGGAAUACAUGGAAGAGCCACUUUGGUACACUGAGCCCAUCACAGAGUAUUUUGUACCUUUCAACAGCAGACAAAGCAAGCUGGAAACAAAAUAUCGGAACAAGGUAGGCUCUCCUGACGACUUUGCUCUGGCAACCGACACAGAGAGGCUGCCGGAGAGAAUCCAGGGCAUCUGCUUUGCCAACGAGAGCUACCAGAGAGCGUACCUAGCAGCAGGCUCGUUCGUGGAUGGCCACUUUGUGGAAGGGCUCGGCGAGGAAGAAGAUGAAACUGUUGAACUCGUUGGGACCUCCAGCUGCUCUCAGCCAGAGGAUAGUAGAGAUUUAGAUGACAAGCAUCUGUCUGAAUUCACUCACUUCUAUGAAGUUGACAUUUAUCAAUCCAUAUUGGAUACUAGUGCCUCAGACUCUAUACAAGAGAGUCGAAUCUUAAGCAUGAUUCGACAAAAAAGCAAAGAGCAAGGAGACGUAGAGGCAGAAUGUUGUUUAGUGUUAGAUGGCCUUGAGUGGCAAGGGAAAAGUGCAAUACGGGCCAACUCGCAGGAACCUGCGGGAUCUCUGGGAUUCCUAAUUGAGGACCUGGAAAGCAUGGCUCAAGGGUGGGGAUGUUAUUCGCCAUCUACUUCAGAGGACAUCGAGGGGCAAAGCUUUGUGGGAGACUCUCCCGGCCGACAAUCCCCCCUCCUCGAUAGUGUUUCAUUCACCCUAAGCAAGCUGUCUGGAAAUGUGGAGGAGCCCGUCAUCUCUGAAGCCACCAGUGAGCCAUCCGGUUUAAACUCGUCCUGCUUCUCUCUUUUCGAGCUGCAGUACGACAGCCCCACUUUCCCUUUUACCCGCGACCCGCUCGCCGUCGGUCACGAAAACAACACCGAUUCUAGCAGCUGUCUCGACCCGCUUUCUAACAAACAGUCUCGUUUGCUAAUAUGGACCAAAAAUAGUGCCUUUGACGAAACUGAACACUGUUCUAACCUUUCGACGCGAACCUGCAGUCCGUGGUCCCAUUCAGAGGAGACUCGGUCCGACAAUGAGCAAGGAAGCGUUCCGACGGAGGAGGCCGCUCAAAUUGCCAACGAGGAGAUCGAUUGCAUAAUCCCUCCUAUUUCUGGUACAUAUCUGGAGGAUGAGAUCUUGGAUUUUUUGCAAGCAAACUCUGGCCGUAAGUGUGAUGAGGUCAGCAGCAGCAGCGCAGGACCCAGCAAGACCCUCUCCAAAAAAUCCAAACUGGAGUCCAUUUGUGGUAUCGCAUUGGAAGAGGAUGACAGUAAGCAGUACUGCACUGGCAUGUUUUCGGACAAUGCAAGCCAACACAGUGAUGACUACAGCUCAGGGAUCAUAAAGGACAUCUGGACGGCUCUCGGAGAUGACAAGUCUGCGGCUUCGAAGCCGGGACCCGAAAAAACGAGCGGCGAGGGGCUGUUCUCUGAUGAGUCGGGCGGUUACUGCUGCAGCUGUCUGGAAGUGCCGGCGAAAGAAGUUCCCAUUCGGGGGCCUCAGAAAAAAGCAGUGCAGAGGUCAGAGUAUCACCUCUGGGAGGGCAAGAAAGAACAAGACUCGGCCAAAAACAAACUCUCCAAGGUAGACGGCGCUGGGGAUUACAUGACUCCGUCCAAGCCCUGGGACUUGACCUCCGACAAGGAGAGCACGUCGUUCAUCCUCGGAGGGGUGUACGGAGAGCUGAAGACGCUGAGCGGCGAUAAGAACUGGGCUGUCGUGCCGCCAAAUGACAACCAAGGCAGCCUGCUGCAGUGCGCCGCUGCAGCUGCAUCUGCUUCCAGCUCCGAUAUGCUCACCAUCACCGGCACGGACGUGUUCAUGAACACCGGCAGCUGCUUCGCCCCCGGGCACAGGCCCCUGUGGAGGCCCCUUGUGUCUUUCGGGCAGAGUGACCAGGCCAUCAGAGCAGGCGGAGACGGAUUGAACAAGGGAUUUUCUUUCAUCUUCCAUGAAGAUUUGCUUGGAUCUUGCGGAGGCUUGCAAAAUGAGGAGCACGGUUUGGAGUACCCGUUCGCGUCCUUCAGCCUGAACAAUCCCUUCUCUCAAGUCCUCCACGUCGAGUGUUCUUUUGAGCCUGAGGACAUGGCUUCGUUCAGUCCGGGGUUCAAGCCCAAAUCCAUUCUUUGCUCGGACUCCGAGAACGAAGCCUUCCACCCGCGAAUAUAUGGCAUCAACCGGACGCAGUACAGGGCCAUCCGCAUUUCCCCCAGGACUCACUUCCGACCGAUAUCGGCCUCGGAGUUAUCUCCUGGUGAAGUGAGUGAUUCAGAAGCGGAGACCGACAAAGAGCAGGCGAGUUUUCCCGUCCAGGCGCCGAUGGACGCCUUCGAUGAUCCCCAGGCCGAUCUCAAACCUCUGGAAGAGGAUGCGGAAUGUGAGGGCCCUUAUUACGGGAAGUCAGAACUGGAAUCUGGUAAAUUCUUACCCAGAUUAAAGAAGUCUGGCAUGGAGAAAAGUGCCCAGACCUCUCUGGAUUCACAGGAGGGCUCCGUUACCCUCCCGCCAAUUGCAGAGCAGGAGAUUUGCUUGGACUGCGAGGCGGCAGCGGCCGCACCCACUGCAGGUGGAGAGACGGCCGUCUCCGUCGGCAAGGUCCAGAAAGAGCAAUCUGCAGGAGAAAAGGAGUCGUGUUCAUCGGCACCAAGAGGUCACAUCCCCAAGUAUGGGAUUGCUUAUGGCUUUGUUGGAGAUGUGCCAGAGUUCCCCCUCAGCCAGCAGGACGAGUGCUGGUGGCAGAACACGCUCUGUUCCCCCCUGUUCCCUGGAUCUCAGUGCACAGGGAGCAGCAACAUUUGAAUUCUCCAGUUUUGCAGAGGACGUCUGUCGCAGAGGGGAACCCAUCUUCUCCUUUGGUGACUGGACCGCUACCAGCAAAGAUUCCGCGUCAUCUCAGAGCUGGAAAACCUAAUGUAGGCUAACUUUCUGACACAUCCCUCCAAAAACAAAAAAAGAAGAAAACCCCCCACACAUAACCCUGCAGGUUCUCAUUUACUAACUUAAACCCUUGUGUAAUCAACAAUCAGAUCAACAAAAAAUAAGAGAAAAUAGGAAAACUCAAAAAAUAUGUUCUGUCUUUGAGUGAUGCAAUGUGCAGAUGUGCAUUUUAGGCAUUUUAGAGUUUGUUCCAUUUGAUUCUUCUGUACACUGGUCCUCAUUAAAGUCUCAGUUAGGUAGUUGGGACGAUCUUUAGUUCUAUCCUCGUCGGGUUUGUUCCACCCUCUUUGCUUUUGAGCUGGGAUCCUCGCAGUCGGUGGCGUCCGAAUGGUUGUGCAUGUGUGUUCGUCCAACCAGCCUCACUCUUUUUCUACUUCAACAUUACGCCGUGUGAAAUGACUGCUGUCGCAUCCUCUACUUUCCAUUUUGUGUUCAGAAAUAAUACAAGGAUGUUGACUUUUUUUUGAGUUGUGUAACAAUUUAAGAAUUUUUUUUUUUUAAACAAAAAAAACAAACAAAAGUGUGUUGGGAUGACUUUCUGAAUGUGAAGUAGAGAAUGUGAGCAGCUUUCUUCUCAAUAUCCCUGAAUUCCCCUUGUGUGAAAAGUUAUCAUAAAUGAGUCUGAUUUUUGAAUGGUGAUAGUCUUACAAAAACUAGUAGUAGACAUAGAAUGGUUUGUGAGGCAAAAAAGCAGGAAAUCAAAAGGAGUUUUGUUGGAAAAAAAAAUACUAAUACUCAACUUUAAAAUGCAAUGCUGUAAAAGAAUUUGGGGAAAACAAAAAGACAAAAAAAAGUUCCUAUUUUGGGGUAAGGAGCCAUUUCUGCAGACACCUUGUGUUAGAACUGAAUGAAACUGAUAUCAUCUCUUGUCGUUUCUAUGGUACAGACUAUUUGGUGCUAUGAAUAUGUUCAAACCCUUUUUUGAAAUUGCGGUUUCAUAAUACGGCUAUGACAAGAAGACGGCGUAGCCUCGUUAGUAGUCCAGACAGUCAGACUCCAUCAAUACCUUUUUUUUGCAAAAAUGGUUGAAAAACCCCAGAGGGUUAAGCCUGCUUGCGGGUCUUCCUGGUUUUGCUUAAUGUGGCUUGGUUCUUACUCGGAGGUGACUUCUUCUUUGUCGAAGCAGAAAUACAGCAGGUAUUAAACCUCCCGUUACUACGCGUGUAUUUAGUCACUCGUCCCGAGCAGUAAGCACAGCCACGGUCUGCUGUCCAUGCUGCAACUAGACAGGUGUGUAACACGACAAGUGGUCAAACCAAAAACAUGGCAGAAUUACACUAAGUUACAAAUGCUUCGAUUUCUUCUCCAUACAAGGUGUGUUAUUUUUGGUUUAUAAUAUAUCUUGUUGAACUAUUGAGUAAUGUGUCAUUUUGUGUGUGUGCGUGCGUGUGUCUGUUUGUUUGUGUUGGAAACGUGUGAAGACACUGGUUUAGAAUGAGUGUACUAUAAGUUUAACUCAGAAACGUGAAGGUAUGCGGAGACGUACUUUCAGUGGCUGCAGAGCCCGUGAGGUGCAGUUGGACUGGCCAGUUAAAUACCUCUCCAUCUAUAAGAACAGGUUGGAGCAUUUAUUGAAAUGGGAAAUUGUAUUGAAGUAAAUAUAGAAUGAAUAAAGGCCACCUUUUAAAUCUUUCAGUACAUGAGGACAGUCGAGUACCAUCAGUGAAAUCCUCCCUCCAUUAGUGGGCGUAUAAUGUGCGAGGGGUCUCUGUUGGAAAUGGCUUUAUUUCAAACUGCAAAGAUUGUAUGCACAGCCAGCAGUUUGUUCAGCUCAAUGCAACUCCAUUUAAAAGCUACAACAGCUGAAUGAACGGUAAUCCAACCUCAGGGCCUUGUCACAUUUAUUUGACAGUCAUCAGACACUCAGGAAUUUUUGAUAUGAUCAUAACUCAUAAUCUACACUCAGACCAUUGAUGCAUUCAUGUCAAACCUUUCUUUGAUUGUAGAGCAGAAAUUAUUGACCGGAGUUCCUUCUAGAGAUGUCCGGACACCUUUUUCCUUCCCGAUUCCCACAUGUGAGCUUGCUUAUCGGCCCAGUGCCGGUCCAGCUCUUACAGGCAAACAAUGGCCUUUCUAUACUACUUUGGCAGGUUUGUUAGCAUACGAUGUUGCUAGCACUGUAACGUUUUGAUUGCUCUGGCUAACGUUGAGCUUUUCGCUAGUGACUUUCAGCAGAGAUGAGAAAGACGUGCGAUGGCUCACUCGUUAGCUGCUUCUGUCGACAGUGUUUCGUUUGGUUUUUUUCUUCCUGGAGCUUAGGAUGGAAGAAGCCGUGAGGCGAGGCGUCACACUUCUCAUCCCUGCUGAGAGCUGCACAUGUGCAGUAGCGAUCGGGCAGAUCCUCUACGGCGUAAAUCACAUCACUUUAUAUUCAAUCAGCAGCCUUUUUGCUACUGAUGUCAGAACAACUGUGGUUCUGUCAAAGCAAACCUCAGAGGGGACUGUCACAAAUGUAUAGCUGUAGAAGGGGGGUGGGGGGAUUAAGCCAUUGUAGAUUCCAUAAGCAAUGUGGAGGGGAAUUCAAGUCCUAUGCAAUAGCUUGGCGCAUGUAGACAUUGAAGAAGACAGAGAAAAGUCCUUCACUUCAUUUUGCAUGUUAGUUCCUUUUUAGAGUGAGACCUGAGAUAAACAAACUAUUCCAUAGGACUGUCUCUUAAAAAUGCAGAAUGCAAACAUCACACCCAGUUCGUUUAUUUUAUGAUGGAUUUAACAAAAAAUAAAAAAUAUAUAUACAAGGGAGUUUCAAUCAGGGAUUGGAAGAAUGUUCAAAACCGUGUGAAUCUGAGUGAAUGUGUGCAAGAGGCCGAGUCACGAAAAGCCCUGACCAGGGAGUUAGAAGGAAACAUUUUAUUCUUCAUUUUGAGAAGCUGCGUUAAAACAAAACAAAAAAAAUAUGUAUGCGGAGGAAAUGCAUUCAGUGAAGGUAUGCGCUUUUUUUGAGUUUCCAUCGCGCCCGUGUUCUGAAGAAUAUGCCCCGCACCGACACCCGCAUUUCCCCUCGACUUCCCCCCCCCAUCUAUCCCGAGUAGCGGUGUUGUUCUGAUUUCAUGUACGUCUUGAGGAAGUUAUUUUGUUUCAUUGUGGAGUUUUCUUAACAUCUAAUAAAGGAAUAAUCCAAACCUC